CUUGAAGGCGUUCUGAAAAAGAUCUGCACAGCAACAAACACUAAGGAGGAGGAGAGCCGCUGCAGCCGAAGAUCUGCGAAGAUCUGCGAAAGAAUGGAGGCCAAGUCAGUGCCUUGUCAAGGUUUGCCCAGCAAGGGUGAUGAUGAUCCGCCGCCGUCGAAUCAUCGACUGCUGGGGCCUCUCUUGUCCAUCGGCGACACUGUGGUUCUCGAGAAAGGCGAGGAGCGAGGCCUGCCCAUCCUCUCCCUGGCUUAUUCCCUAGUGCUGGCCCGGGUCUGCGAUGCAAUGGUCAAGAGACUGCCACUCGAGGAAAUCAUGAAGACCAUGAUGCGGAAUAUGUUCGGUGAGGGAGGGCAACGGUGUGUGUGCAUGAUUGAGUGAGUGACUCUGUACGUGUGUGCCUUUGAAUUGUGUUUGUGGUUGGUUCAGGGUUCAUCAUAUGGGAGUUCAAGGAUGAGGACACAUCGCAAAAGCACGGCCAUUCUGUGGUGCUUCACAUCUUCCCAAGUAUAGACACAUGCAUGAAGGCACAUGCAGACGGGAGGGCGAAGGAGAGGCCAUGACCUGUCCCUCGCUUGAUUGCUUGUUUGCACGUCGUAUGUUAUGUGUGCCUUCAGAGAUUGUGGAUGGGUCGUUAGAGUAUCCGCAUUGCCACAAGAGAAACUGGUCAGUCAGUGCACAUACUGUUUCCUCAUUAAUUCAUUCAUUCAUUCAUUCUUUGCCAUUGGUUGGGUGUCCGGUGUGUCAGGUCCUCAAUCAACAUGCACGGCACAUACCAGCACAUCCUCUACAGCUUCCUCAAACACGACACCGGUAAGCCUCGCAGUGCGCCGUGCGAUGCGUUGCACUGCAGGGUCGGUCAUACUCAUUGCGAACGUUACUCAGGCGAGGCCAUCACGCCGGAUCUGUCGCUGCCCGGCCACGCUGCUGAGUGUCCGCAGCAGAACCUGAAGCUCUUCGAGCACGAGAUGGAGACGGGCUGCCAUUUCAAAGGACCUGUGAGGGUCGACGCAGUGCAGGUAGGCCGGGGCGUGUCAACACGUACUCGAGACGGACGCCUGUGCGCCUUGUGUGUGGGGAUGAUCAGGAGUUCACCUACAAGAAGGGUGUGCUGCAGUAUAUGGACAAGCGUGUGCCGCAUCGAUUGGACAAAUACGGUAGGGGGGGAAUGGGCAAUCGACGAGCCUCCGAGCCUGCCUCCGUAUUAUGGCUGGUUGUUUGUGUGUCUGCAGAGAACACGUUCAGUCUGAAUGUUCGUGGCCCGCUGGACCCUACACUCAACACGCUAUUUACCGUUCUCAACUACAAACCCCUCCCACAGGUGGUUGCCUCAUUCACUCCCAGGAAAUCAUCGCACUACACACAUAUACAUGCAUUCCAUUCCCAUCUCGUGUGUGGGCGGAUGGGUGGGGCGGAUGGGUGGGUGGAUGGGUGCAGAAUGCGGACAAGCAGUGGCAGGUGCCGCUGUCAUCCCUAGAGCACGCCUCAGAGAUCAUCCGCCUUGUCACCGCAACACUCGCCGAUCCCGAUCUCUCUGCGUUCGCGGCGAUGGGUGGCGAUGCGGCCAAGCUGGCGUCUCUGCCGAUCGACGAGGCGUUCCGCUAUGCCGUGACGAUCGUCAGCGGCUUCGAGGACAGGUACGUGACCAUUACAAUCAAGGCGGCCGACACACACAUGACAUGACAUGACAUGACAUGGUCUGUGUGGCUGUGUAGGUUCCCCCUUGUGAUGCCUCUGGACAAGGGCGGUACGAUGAAGGCUGGCGUGGUGACGGGUGAGGCCGUCAGGGGCCUCGUCUACCACAGCCUCAGGACCAUGCCCGAGGUCCGAGUGCCGGAGCAUGUGUAGCUAAGCAGCUGGGGAGAGAGGCAGAAGAAGACAUGCAGCUGCGGCACGGGCCGGAUCAGCUUGGAUCAUGCAGGUUCUUUCUCUUUCACUCGUUUAUCUAAUCGUGCUGUUUGAGAUUUUGGUCGUCUCGCGUGCUUGUCUCGAUUGAUGCGCCUCUAUUGUGUGAGCGCGAGGUUUUGUGUGUGCACGUUGUACUGUUUGUGGGAAGGGGGCAGUGCCUGGCCUGUGUCUUAUCUUCGCCCUGUGCGUGCGUAGUGAGUGGCCAAUGGCUGGGGCGGAUUGGAUUGCGCCGACCACGUGUGUGCUGUGUGGCGCCUCUUGGAUGCUUGGAUGAGUCCAGUCCCCCUCGCAUAGCAAACGGG